AUGGCGACGGGUCCAGCUACUCAGUCACUGAAGUGUGUGGUGACUGGUGAUGGUGCAGUCGGCAAAACAUGUCUUCUAAUCUCCUACACAACAAAUGCCUUCCCGGGUGAAUACAUCCCUACCGUAUUCGACAACUACACGGCCAGUGUAAUGGUGGACGGCCGACCGAUCAGCCUGGGACUGUGGGAUACCGCUGGACAAGAAGACUACGAUCGUCUGAGACCGCUGUCCUACCCCCAGACCGACGUAUUCCUCAUCUGUUUCUCCAUUGUUAGCCCGCCGUCCUUCGAUAACGUCAAAGCGAAGUGGUUCCCUGAGAUCGAACACCAUGCCCCCAACGUCCCCAUCAUCCUUGUCGGCACCAAGCUCGACCUGAGAGACGACCGCUCGACCACCGAGGCCCUUCGCGCUCGCAAGAUGGAGCCCGUCUCCUACGAACAGGCACUGGCAGUUGCAAAAGAAAUCCGCGCACACAAGUACCUUGAGUGUUCCGCUCUGACACAGCGGAACCUCAAGAGCGUGUUCGAUGAAGCAAUCCGUGCCGUCCUCAACCCCCGUCCCGCUACGAAGUCCGGGCGAAAGGCUGUCAAAUGCAGCAUCUUGUAG